AUGGUGAACUUUUGGCCCUGGAAGGGCGAUGAUACUUCAGCGGCUUCUUUCGAGAAGACACUGUCCACACUGUCAACGAAGAUCGCCGAAACUACCACGCGACUCGAUCAGCAGCGCCAGUCCUCCCGACGAGUCAAAGCACUAUGGACCCUCUAUUCGAGCUUUGCCUAUCUGUUCUAUUCGAUCACAAUCACCUUGGUCUUUGGAUGGGACAGCUGGGGGAUGAAAGAAUAUGCAGCUAUUGCGGGCGGGCCGGUUCUGUACGUGCUUCGGUCAUCUGCACACUCGAACACCACUGACUAUUGGCUUUCACUUUUUAGAAUAUACGGCGUUCGCAAGAUCAGUUCCAAGUUCUUUGACUACCAAAUCUCCCGCAACCAAGCUCGCCUUGACGAUUUCCACAAGCAGCGCGAGGAAACGAUCGAGAAGCUCAAGGUUGCCACCAAAUACAACUCCACCCAGGAAUUGCUAGAGAAGUACGGCGGCGAGUCUCCCAAGCCUUCUCCGGCUCCCAAGACAGACAGCGAGAAACGGAAACCUGUUCAACAGCAGCAACCUGUCGCCCGCACUGGUCUCCCGCCGCCGCCGACUGCCAACAUUCGGCGCCCUCCCUCCGCACCGCAAACCCCGAACAGCGCCCCUUCUCCUCAACCUCCCUCGCCUGCUCCGGAGUUCGAUCAAGGCCGUCCGCAGAUCUCACACUCUCCCCCACCCCUCUACCCUCAACAACCCACCGAGCAAGCCGGCUUCGCACCAAACGCAUACUCCAACAGCGGAGAAUACAUUGAACAAUCACAUUGGUACGAUCGUCUCCUGGAUGUUCUCCUAGGUGAAGAUGAAACUCAGCCCCGCAACCGCAUGGUUAUGAUCUGCAGUGGUUGUCGGCUCGUGAAUGGCCAGGCACCCCCUGGCAUCAAAACACCAGAGGAGCUAGGCCGCUGGCGGUGUGGCAGCUGUAAGGCUUGGAAUGGAGUUGAAAGUGAGACAACGCAGAUCCUCAGCAGCUUGCGCAAAGACGCUGGGCCGGCUGAGGGUUCCUGGGAGCCUGUGUCGAAGGCGGAGGCAGAUACCCAGUCGUCUGAGGGCAUGGACGAAGGUGUCAUUGUGGCUUCUAGCGAGGAUGAAGAAGUGACUUCUACUCCUUCUGAAGGUGAAGAGCCAGAGCAUGAAGAUUCUAAGCCUGAGCCUGUACGCCGGUCGAAGCGUGGUGUAAAGGGCAAAGCGAAGGAGUAA